AUGAGUUCACCAAGAGAUUCGCCCGAGCUGCCGUCCUACGACAUCAACAACAAUCAACCAAGCAAAGACUUUUCACAAAAGUGUGUAGACUCGCUCGAAGGUAAGAUUCUCCUCUCGAGGAAGAAGAACGUAGAUUACUUUCCAGGAUUCUAGAUAACUAAGUUCUAAUUAGUUCAGGAUUUCUCAGGGAUUAAGUGUUAAUCUUGCCUGAAACAACAAUAUGUGUUCUUACUUUUCACAAUUGGAAGUGCGAACGUGCUGAACGCAGUGAAAUGAGCACUUUUGUCACAUUCCAGGAAGACGGAGCGCAGUGUCCUUACGCGCGAAGCGUGUUUUUCCUGCUCUUAUUCUCCCCGGAAGGUGCUAAUCAUUUUAUGAAUGUUGUUUACGUUUUAUCCUGCAGAGACAGCGUCAGUAGAUGGCGAUGGAUUGAAGCAGAAACGAAAACAGCGAAGACAACGAACUCACUUCACCGCCUAUCAGCUGCAGGAACUUGAGAAAAUGUUUUCAAGGAAUCGAUAUCCUGACAUGGCUGUCAGAGAAGAACUCGCUAUGUGGACAAGCCUCACAGAAGCACGAGUCAGGGUAAGGUAAAUUAAACAAGACAAACACUAGAUUCGACCAAGUCGGGGCCGGUAGCUCGCGCGGCAGGGCGACGUCUUAGUUGGGUGAUGCUAAAUAAUUGAAGCGCAACCAAAUUAUCAAACGUUUGGCACGAUGCACGACAAACGCCUGCAGAUUUUCACAUGGAAACUCAUAUAUUUCCCGCACAAUGAGAUCGUUUUUUUAUCAUUAUAUUGCUAAGCUUACAAGGAAUAUGGCUGUUUGUUUGCACAAAAACAAGCGCCACUUAAGUCUGGCAUUUUGAAUACGGAAUGAAAAAAGCGAACAGUGUAGUUGUCCUUGUGCUCGACGCGUGAAUUAUUUACAAUACCACAAAAUAACCUGGACCUUAUUCAACUAAUGGUACCGCCUUGAGGCAGAUUCUCUGAAGGUUUCAGUUCUCUCAGUUGGAUCCAUAAAAUCUCUUUGAUCGCGAGUAGAACCAGUAAAUUGGGAUUAGAAUCACUUUAAAGUCUCAAAUAUCGUCAAGAUGUUUGCUUUUUUAAUGCAUUUCUUCAAAAUGUAUUUCCGUGCAAUUACAUUGUUUACCUCAGGCUUCGUCAAACCGUUUCAAAAGCACCUGGUUGUCAACAGUUCAAGUCGCUGCUCGAAACUCGUCAAUUCCUCUUCAUAACAAGUUCAAAAGACAGCAAGAAGCUAAACAUCUCGUGCCUAGUAUUUUCAUCAGCCUUCUUAAGCCUUUUUUGUCCCGUUAAAUCUUUCGUACCACCUAGAUGAUAGAUCUGGAAAGCUUUCAGUGUUAACACCUUUGCAAAUACCUGAAUACCAACUGUACCUGUAUUGUGGCUAUUAGCAGAAGCAGGUGAAUUUUCUGAAAUGGUUGAGGGAAACAUUAACAACGGGUAAAAUUUGUUCGCAUUUCAAAAGACUCAGAAUCUUUCAAAUUGUCGAUACAAGAGCCAGAUAUAACAUCCGGUGUCUCUAAAACUUUAAUGGCUGUUUGCUGCUCCCUGCCCUCGUCUUUUCAUAUUGAAAGCAGCCUGAUAACAAACUCAAACGUGUGAAAAAAACUUGUUGGGAUUCAUUCCACUUUUCACACUUAGCUUCGAAGGAUAAAAGCAUAGUCUUAACUGGGCUUUCAUAAACACUAGUUCGUCGACAUUUUAGUCUGGUCUUUUUUAGCUUCUCUUAAUGUUCUGUACUUAGACUCUGGUUUUGAUAACAUUAAAAACUUUUAUCUCUUACGGCCAUUUGUUUUUCAAGGAGAAGGGAAGUUUGAUUUUUAAAUAGACCAUUAAAAAUGUUAAAAGCUUUGUGCUUGUAUCGAAUUUCAGUAACGACGAUAUUCACAAACACUCAAUACUGCAAUUUAUCAUCACAUUAUUUAUUAGAUUGUGCAUCACUUUUCAUCGGCUAAUGUGCCUGUAGAUCGUCCUACACGUAAUGUUGGAAGACAAACAAAUAGAUGUGACACAUAUAUUAUUUUCUUUCUAUUAGGUGUGGUUCAAAAACCGUCGAGCAAAAUGGCGCAAAAAGGAGAAAAAUAACCCGCCGAAUAUCCUCGGGCAGGAAAAAAACAGCAGCAUUAUUCAGAGUGUGAAUGGAUUUAGUUUUGAUACCAUAGGUUCUAUGCGCUACGACAGCUCGGAAACCACGCCGUCAGUGUAUCCAAACUAUGGUGCGAACUACUGGAGCAAGGGAGGACCGAGUAUUGGCUACAGCUCCUUACAGCAGACUGGCAACACUUUGGGGUACAAUUCACAGUUUCAGAUACCUUCACCAUGCCCGGUUCCACCGCAAAUAUCGGGAUCGUUGAGUCCAUUUUCAACUCCGAUAUCGAGCGAGAAUAGUUCAACUUACGCCCCAAACUCAUCCAGUGUGCCAAGUAUGCCCUGUGGAUAUCCACCAACGUACGGUUACCAGGAACAAACUUCGGUUUAUUUAAAAGGUAAAGGCUCGUCGCUAAACCACUACCCGAACUAUUCUCAGUCGAAUCCUUACAGUCCAUAUCCUUACGGGAUGGCCGAAAUACCGAUUAAUAUUUAGCGUUAACAAACAAUGCCUGACAAUGGAGUUACUUAAAGGACCGCACAGAGAAAAGAAGUUUUAAAAACACUCUUUUAAAGAUGCCUUUCGUUCGAAAAGCAGUUGCUAGAAGCAGAACAGUUUGAACUGAUUUGAUUCUUCAGUUUGAUUCUAGGUUUAAAACCGACAUUAGCACUAAAACGUAAUUAAAAAGCGAAAACGAUCUCUUGAAGUUAAUAGAUGCAAUCUAGUUGAGCUCGGGUGUUGUGUAGUCAAUGCUGAAUACAUUUUAUUUAAAGGUUUUAGUUACAAGAUUCAAUGUAUUUAAAGUAGUUAUAGAAAAGAUCGUCGUGUCAGUUUUUAGACAAGCAAAGUGUUAAAAAGUUUCUGAAAUUAUAAAUGAAGGUUAGAUUUCCCUGAAAUUUUUUCUCAUAGUUUAGAAUGUAAUAUUGUUCAACAGUCUCUGCUAGCCACUUUCAUUGAUCACGCUUCAACGACAUUCAAAUUUUUCUAUUGUUCCUGGCAGACUCUCGGCGCAUAAUCAUUUUGGACGAAACGAACACGACUUCGCGUAUAUUUUCCAAAGUUAAUUCGCGUAAAUCUAUCGCCUCAUUCAGUUAAGAACGGUUUGAUACAAGAUAUAAGCGUUUCCUAAUAAUGGUUUUGUCUCAGGCCCGUGUAUUUCUCGCGUCUUAAUCCCGGAGUACAUUGACUAAGUUAUUAAGGUAAUAUCAAACUAUUCUUGUAUAAGGCGAUGAACUGUUGAAAAGUGCUAACUCAAAUGAAUAAGUCUUUCCUUUUAAUCUCAGCUGUGAGAAGUCACAACUUACAAGCGUUUACAAGAGACACGCCCGAGUUACCAUAACAAGCACUUUGGAAAAGUGCACCCCCAUAAAACAGAAAAAUUUCGCGACGCACUAGAGCAUAAUAUUUUUAAUUUACGACGCCAAUUGCAUAAACCCGAACAGUAUACAAUGUUUGAAUGCAAUCUCUAGAGGCCGUGUUGUUUUGCCCUGGGAAUUUUCAGCUGUAUUUAAGUUUACACAGUCAAUAAAAGGCUAAAUGUUGUGCGC